AUGGACGGCAAUAUUCAGUCCUUUGAUCAGUUCGAUGGCUAUACUGUGGCCGAAAUUGAGGUGGAGGCGGAAACGAUGAUAAUGCCCAGUGAGCUAGAGGUCGGAGCCACAAUUCUCGUGUCCAACGAAAGCGAUGGCAACGUAGAGCGCAUCAUAAGCCACGAGGAGCUAUCUAAGUACUUUGCCCCACCGGUAGCCAUGCCAAUUCCAACGGAAGUGGCUGUAGAGCGUACACUGGCCGAUCCGGCCCUGAAACAAAUUUUGCAAGAGGCCGAUCCGGAUUUUGAUCCAGAGGCUGAGCAAAUGAAAAUACGCGAUUUUCUAGCGGGUGUUACCAACAAUAAGAUGACCACAGAGGAGACUGUUUUUCAAGCAGCUCCACGUCAGUCGCUGCCAUCCUCCAAUGCCUGUGGUAUUAUUAAGUGUUCCAACUGCGGAGGGCUUUUUGAGAUCUUAACCUUUCAGAACCAUACUUGUGACUAUGAUGGCAAUCAAGCUCUGAUUGAGGUACCACCCUCCCAGGAGAAACGUUUGGCAACCGUAGCCGCUCCGCCUAAGAAACCUGCCAGUGAGCGCGUUAUCCUAGAGAACCAAGUACGCAUUCGUCGCUUUAUGAAGGAUGAGCUUAGAUAUGACAUUAAGACUGGCUUUGACGUCUCACGUACCAAAAAGCCAACAAAGGGACCCAACGAGUGCUCUAUGUGCGAGCGAAAGUUCGUACACGCUUCCGGCCUAGUGCGGCACAUGGAAAAGCAUGCGCUCGACUUGAUACCGACACAGCUGGCUGCACCCUCCAUUGGUAGUAACACAGUGGUGCACGGUCUUCGUGUUGUGCUUAAGUGUGAGCCUUGCGGACGCAUCUUUUGUGAGAUCAAAAUGGCACUGGAACACUCGCUUGUCCAUUUUCCGGAGUCAUCCCCCAAACCAGAGGCGUCUUCCACUAAUGAACUGAGCUACACCGAGCUGGCGCAGCUCAUGAAUGUGGCCGAACAAUUGGUAGAAGUCACCGAUGUCAAAGCCGAGCAGGAAAAUCCAGACAAAGAAACGGACAACAUAUUCUUUUCGACCGUUAUCUUAAGCGGCGUCCUCCAAUGCGAGUUCUGCGAUUACAUUUUUGCUGAUAUAGGGCACCUACUGGCCCACUCGGCCACUCACUUGCCGGAGCGUCGCUUCGAGUGCUCCGCUUGCGACAUUUGCAUGAACACCUCCAAAGAGGCCAGCACGCACUUUCAGGCUGAUUGUGUGUUUAUGCGCGAGGGCUUAAAGCAGGCCAAUCAAGUCUCAUUGAACCGUUAUUUCGUCUGCAAUGUGUGCGAGCUGAAGUUUAAUAACUCGGAGCUAUUGCAGGAGCAUCGCUACUCAUGUUUCCAUUAUUUCCCACGUUUGAGCAUUGACCGAACUCAACUUCUUCUGCCAUGCGAGUUUUGCGAAGUUAACUUCGAGUAUGCCCAUGAGAUACAACCGCACUACGAGGAGAAGCACCUAAACAAGAAAAGACGCGAGAAGGACGCCCGCAAUUGUGGCUCUGGCAGCGGUCGUCUGCGCCAGUAUUUGUGCGAUAUUUGCGGCAAAUCCUACACUCAAUCCAGUCACUUGUGGCAGCACUUACGCUUCCAUCAGGGUGUCAAGCCGUUUGUUUGUCAAGAAGAUGGCUGCGGUCGUAAAUUCACCAUUCGCCCGGAUCUUAAUGAUCAUAUACGCAAAUGCCACACUGGAGAGCGUCCAUAUCACUGUCUAGUUUGUGGUAAACGCUUUCUCACCGGCUCGGUCUUCUACCAACACCGCCUUAUUCAUCGUGGCGAGCGUCGGUACGAGUGUGAGGAAUGCGGCAAGCGUUUCUAUCGCGCUGAUGCAUUGAAAAACCAUCAGCGCAUACACACUGGCGAGAAGCCCUACAGCUGUCUAUUUUGCACUAAGACGUUUAGGCAGCGGGGUGAUCGUGACAAGCACAUUCGUGCUCGCCACGCCCAUUUAGAUGCCAAUUCUCGCUUGAUGAUGCAAAUGCAGAAAUUCCAACUGGAAUCGGCUGCUGCAGCUGCAGCCUUAAAGGCCAAGAAGUUGCAAGAGCACCAUUCUGGGUGCUCAAGUCUUGAUAUGACUGUCAACACUAACAAUAUGGGUCCAUCUCCACCGUUUGCUAUGCUACCACAACCGCAAGGUGAAAUGUUUGCGGGUGCUGUAAAUGAGUAUGUACCGGGCAGUUUUGAAAACAUCCAGAGCAUGCUGCCACAGUUGGUGCAAGGUGUACCGAUGUCCCUGAACAAUGUGGAUUCCCAAAUGAUUGUUUAUCAGGACCCAACCACAAGCCCGGACAUGCCGAUGCCAAUGUCUAUGCAAGGCAUGACUAUGAACUCGACAAGUAUUUUUGAACCCCCGUCGCCAUCCAUGGAAAACAACGAAAAUGCCAAAGUUGUCGUCGUCAUGGAUAAGCAUACUCCACCAUCACUUUAUUUCUAAACAUAAUUUGUAUCAACUGCAUGGAAUUUAUUUCCGCGAAUUCUGUCAAUUUGCAUUCUUAUGGUUAGUUGGCAAUGUUGUGUAACAAUUUUAAUUUUCAAAUUAAACAAUUUUCAUUCAUCGAU